GCCGUGUUUACACUAACAGCCCACUCUCUGAGGACGGGCUCCCCCGUGUAGGAGGGGCGGUAGCCUGGAGUUUUUCUGCCCUCUUGUCGUCACGCUAGCCUUUAUAGAGUCUGUACCCGCCGGCUGGACCACCGUCUCCCUUGAACCCUUACCCUACUCUCAGUACAAACCAAGCUAUUCUGGGUAGAGUUAUCAAGAAGAUGGCUACGGACAGCUUUGAAAUGAACGGUGAUGCCGACCGAAAUGGAGAGGCGGAGGUCGCGCUGCGAGGCCAAGGGAGAACGCCACAGGGGCCUCUGAACAUGAACCAUUAUGCCAAUAAGAAGAGUGCGGCAGAGAGCAUGCUGGAUGUAGCUCUACUGAUGGCCAACGCCUCACAGCUGAAGGCUGUGUUGGAGCAAGGACCCGACUUCACCUUCUAUGCACCCCUUAUCACUCUCAUUAGCAUCUCUCUCAUCCUACAAAUCAUAGUGGGAGUUCUGCUCAUCUUCAUAGUUAAGUGGAACCUGAAUGAUGCAAGCAUGCACUUUAAGCUGAACAUCUUGGAGAACACCACCACAGCCUUCGUCUUUAUCAUAGUCGUGGUCAACGUCUUCAUUACAGCCUUUGGUGUACAGCGGCCCAACCCGAGUUCUUGAUCACCCUUUACACGACUCUACAUGCCUGCUGAUCAACUUAGUAAAGAAGGACCUCCACAUUAUUUACACAAAUAUGCAGAAUAUUUAUUCCCCAAACUAAGUGGCAUUGCACUUCCAUUUUUGUUGACGUCCUAGGCAUGAGACUCUGGUAAUUGGUGUGCGUGUAUGUAUGUAUGUAUGUAUGUAUGUAUGUAUGUAUGUAUGUAUGUAUGUAUGUAUGUAUGUAUGUAUGUAUGUAUGUGUGUGUGUGUGUGUGUGUGUGUAUAUAUUUGUGUGUGUGUGCGUGUUAGAGUUCCCUUCCUCUGACUUUGGACAAGUUUUCGGUCUGUAUUUAUUUCAUGUGGCCAUCAAUCAGUUUGUUACCUCAUCAUGCUCAGGUUACCGAUGCUGAUAAAGGACUGCCUUUACCUAUGUAAAAUGUUUUGAAAUGUGUCAGUAUCUGUCAGUCUAAACCACAAUUUAUGCCUGCGGCCUUAGGGAAAAAAGAACAUAAUCACAAUAGCAUAACCCAAAAGACAUCCUUAAUAGUAAAUCAUGGACCAUGCUGCUCAUGAGGCAUUACAUGAUAUAAAAGCUUUAUUACUUUGGGGGAACAUUUUAAACAGUUUACACUUUCAUAAACCUCAACCAAUCAAAUGAAGUGGACCUUACAUGCUCUGUUUUGUGUGCUGUCGAAAGCCUUGUGUGUUUUGUUUGACCCUGUAUAUAUUAGUUAAAAACGUUAAACUACUGCAGUAUAUAGUUGACGUGGUUACUUUUAGGCCUUUUUAAAUCACUUUUUUAAAUGACCAAAUAUUUCCAAAGCUUCACAUGAUCUUGUAUACUGUGACUUCUUUUGAAAUACAUUUUAUAAAUAAAACUUCAGAAAUUAUAAGAUGUGUUUUUUGUCCCGUUUAUUCUUAUCAUGCAUUUUUAUAAAAGACCAAAGUCUCAGUUCAAACGAUGGCACUUCUAAUUUAAGGCCUUUGUACGUGACACAUUACACAAAAUGUAACAAACCACCAGGCAAUGGACAUCCAAAAUCAGUUAUCAAUAUUUCCUUUUAGAAUAAUAAUACAAAAUUGAUUCGUACAAUAACAACAAAGUCAUGCACAUUGAACAUUUUUAGAUUUUCUUGGUAUUGGCUUUUGAUACCCUGAAGUCUACCCCAGCAAGAGACCAUUAAUAAGGAGACAGUCGUACCACAGCACCAUUAUGAUAGUUACUAGUAUGUUCUCUAUGUCAUGGAUUACAAACAGCCUGAGAAAUACCAACUAAUUCUACCUAUCUGUGUAGAGUAAAUUAAUACAAUUUAUUAAAUUAUUGACAAA